UUCUAAGAAAAAAGUUUGACAAGUCUGUGGACUGUUGAGGACCACCCACCCCCCCCAAAAAAUAAGUGUAGUAAAACCAGAAGUCGGUUUACUACCGUUGUUGAACUACAACUGCAACAGUAAAAUGGAGGGAAUUACACAGAAGAUCAUGACAGCCUUCAGUCUUGAUCUUGGUCCUUUGAAGGAACCCUUGGGGUUUAUUCGAGUUCUUGAGACGAUUUUUUCCAUAUUUGCCUUUGCAACGACUGGCGGCUACUCUGGAUCCACCAACUUUAAUGUGCUGUGCGGUGCUGAUACCAAAGAGGUUACCGCUACAUUUACCUACCCCUUCAGGCUGAUGAGCCGAGCAUACCAAGUCCCAACCUGCAAUGGCACCGCCACCAUUGAUCAUUACCUGACAGGAAACUACUCUUCCUCUGCUGAGUUCUAUGUCUGCAUCGGAGUGUUUGCCUUCCUCUACAGUGUAGCCUCCCUGGUCAUCUACCUCGGCUAUCAGCCGCUGUACAGAGAGACAAGCCGAGGCCCAAUUGUGGACCUGCUGGUGACUGGGGCAUUUGCUUUCAUGUGGUUGGUUUCCUCUUCUGCUUGGGGUAAAGGCCUCACUGAUGUCAAGACAGCCACCAGUCCCGCUACUCUUGUUACCAUCAUCAAACAAUGCAAAAAUGCGGCAACAACGUGUACACCAGGAGCCUUCCCCCAUAUGGGUCGCCUCAACGCCUCAGUGACCUUUGGAUUUCUUAACCUCAUCUUGUGGGCUGGAAACUGUUGGUUCAUCUACAAAGAAACGCCCUUCCACAAGCCUCCACAAGCUCCCCCUGCUGCUAAUCCAGAGGAAGGAGAUCAACCUUUCCCUGGACAGUAAAAAGUAUGUGUGGUCGCUCCAGAUUUUCGUGUUACACUAUGGAGAUCAGGUGAAUUGAAAUAGCAUAUAUUGGCGAAACCGAUCUGUUUUAUGAAUGAAUGUUAGAUUUGAGAAGAUUCUGUUCUUGUUUUGAGACGGGUUUCAUGAAAGUACUUUAAAGUUAAAUUUAAUGGCAGAUGCAAGCAUAGUUGUUGUUUUGAUGUGAGUACUUGAGAACAAGUCACUCCAAACACCUUGGUUUUUUUUUCUCCACAUGCUAUUUUGUGUGUCACUUGUAAAUUGGUAUAUUAAAAUGCUGAAUUGUCUUGGAUGUCAAUAAUUGUCAUCUCUCAGUCUGGUAAAAGGGUUUUUAUUUUAAAUGGGAACUCUGUUAUUAUCUCAGUUUGUCAACACACUACAUUAUAUACUGUGUUUGUAGACUAGCAACAAAUUUGAUCGUGGGUUAUGUUACCCUAACACUUAACUAGCGAUGGCCUUGUUUUUUUUACUGUUUAUGCUAUCGGCACUCAUUCACGAAGACUGGUGGUGGGGUGUUUAAUUAGCAGGUUUUUUUAUCUGUUUUGGUAUUUGUUAUUAAUAUUUUGCCAUAAAUUAACAUGCAUUUCUAAUAAAAGCAAAAAAUGAAACCAUUGCUUUUCUGCUUGUCAGCACUUUACAGAACUGCAAUAUUGCAAUGUGUUGCCUGUAUUGUUAUCAAAUUGCAUUGUACAAUGUGCAUGGUUGACAUGAUUGUUGUUACGUAAUAAACAAUGUUAACAUUG